AUGGAGACUGAUGCCAUUAACUUGAAGGAGAAAACAGCCCUGGCGGGUGGUCUCCAGGUCACAGUGCCCGACAAGAAGAAGGUGGCCAUGCUCUUCCAGCCCACGCUGCUCCGCUGCCACUUCUCCACGUCCUCCCGCCAGCCCGCCGUCGUGCAGUGGAAGUUCAAGUCCUACUGCCAGGAUCGCAUGGGGGAGUCCCUGGGCAUGGCCUCUCCCCGGGCCCAGUCUCUCAGCAAGAGAAACCUGGAGUGGGACCCCUACCUGGACUGCUUGGACAGCAGGAGGACCGUUCGAGUGGUCGCUUCAAAACAGGGCUCGACCGUCACCCUGGGCGACUUCUACAGGGGCAGAGAGGUCACCAUCGUCCACGAUGCAGACCUUCAAAUUGGAAAACUCAUGUGGGGAGACAGUGGACUCUAUUACUGUAUCAUCACCACCCCCGAUGACCUGGAGGGCAAAAACGAGGACUCGGUGGAGCUGCUGGUGUUGGGCAGGACAGGGCUGCUUGCUGACCUCUUGCCCAGUUUUGCUGUGGAGAUUAUGCCAGAGUGGGUGUUUGUCGGGCUGGUGAUCCUGGGCGUCUUCCUCCUCUUCGUCCUGGUGGGCAUCUGCUGGUGCCAGUGCUGCCCGCACAGCUGCUGCUGCUACGUCCGCUGCCCGUGCUGCCCGGACUCCUGCUGCUGCCCGCAGGCCUUGUAUGAAGCAGGGAAAGCAGCAAAGGCCGGGUACCCUCCCUCUGUGUCCUGUGUCCCCGGCCCCUACUCCAUCCCCUCUGUCCCCUUGGGAGGACCCCCCUCAUCGGGCAUGCUGAUGGACAAGCCGCAUCCACCUCCCCUGGCUCCAAGCGACUCCACUGGAGGAAGCCGCAGUGUUCGCAAAGGUUACCGGAUCCAGGCGGACAAAGAGCGGGACUCCAUGAAGGUCCUGUACUACGUGGAGAAGGAGCUGGCUCAGUUCGACCCGGCCCGGAGGCUGAGGGGCCACUAUAACAACACCAUCUCGGAACUCAGCUCCCUACACGAGGAGGAUGGCAGUUUCCGCCAGUCUUACCAUCAGAUGCGAAGCAAGCAGCUCCCUGUGUCCCGGGACUUGGAGAGCAAUGCGGACUACUGGCCGGGCGUCAUGGGAGGCAGCAGUGGGACGAGCCGGGGGCCCUCGGCCGUGGAGUACAACAGAGAGAACCGGGACAGCUUCAGGCACAGCCAACAGCGCUCCAAGUCCGAGAUGCUGUCGCGCAAGAGCUUCGCCCCGGGGGUGCCGGCCGUGUCCAUGGACGAGCUGGCCGCCUUCGCCGACUCCUACGCGCGGUCCCGCCGGGCGGCCGAAGACAGCCUGGACGCCAGGGCGGGGGGCCGCUUCGAGCGCACGGAGACGCGGGCGCGCGGGGGUCUCUUUGGGGACGGCCCCCCCGAGGGGUACCCCCCCGAGGGCUACUCACCGGAGCGGUACUUCGGGGCACGGAGCCACAGCCGCGAGCCCCCCGCCGAGGCCGAGCGCGCCUGGACCCCCGAGGACGCCGCGCUGCCCCGGCUGGUGAGCCUGCCGGCCGCCUGCGAGCGCCCGGGCCGCGGGGGCAGCCUGGAGACCCCGGCCCGGCGCGGCGCCCCCUACUACGCCUGGUCGCCGCCGGCCACCUACCGGGCACGCGCUCCGCGGGGCAGCGACGAGGGGGACUCGGCCGAGGACACGCUGCCGCCCUACAGUGAGCUCGAGCUGAGCCGGGCGCCGUCCCACCGCGGCCGCGACCUGUCGGCCCACGGCUCCUCGGAAAAGAGGCGGAAGAAGGAGCCCGCCAAGAAGCCGAAUGACUUUCCAACCAGGAUGUCCCUUGUGGUCUGA